CAAACUGCAGCCAGUUUGUACAGUAACAAAAGAUUUCGUAAAACACUAGACACUAUCCUGGUUUGACCUGAUCGAUGAAUGCGUGACACAUUUCUUCCACGUCAACAAUAAUAUCUUCGCGCUUCUGGACUGUCACACCAAGCCUCAAUUGCUCCGAUCCAGACCUUCCUUCCUCUAGACUAUUGUCCUCAAGCCGAGAACAAACCUCUAGCAACGCUCCCUACGUCGCUCACGGACAGUUCCUUCCUAAGUGCAAUACAGCGGACACAAGAUGGCGGAAGCAGAGGAGACACCAGCACAAAGACAAGCCAGAAUCCGGCGGCAAAAGCGAGAAGCGAAGAUCACUGGUGCAGCAGCGGAAAGACUUGACAAAAUCACUAGACUGAGCGGAAGGACUCCAGAGAGCAUGCGAAAUGACUCUCCUCUUGCUACGCCGCCUCGGUCAUCAACACCGUCACAAGUUUCUGCUCCUGCAUACUCGGCACAGAACGCCUCUGCAAACGCCACACCAGAACAAGUGAGGGCACAGGAAGAAUUUCUCAAGGCAAUGCUAAGACAACCCAUGGAACAAGAUGGGCAGACCCCACGACAAGAACCAGAGGACCCAAUGUUCAAGAUGCUACAGGCCAUGAUGGGAGGCAUGGAUGGCGCGUACGACCCAAACGUGCCUGGAGGGGGCGGAAUGGGCAGCGGCUCCGGCAUAUCUCCCGAUGACAUAUCAAAGAUGACAGGAGUUCCAUCCUUCCUGACCAACAUGCUCAUGGGAGGACAAAAGGCACCACCGACUCAAGCGGAAGCGCAAGCGACGAGGCUGUGGAAGGUGUUGCAUGUCAUUUUCGCGGUGAUGGCUGGUCUUUAUCUGGUCUUUUGCAUCAAGAAAGCGACCGAGGCGUUUGGCGAGAAUCCUCCGGCGCCAGCAACCUUCCAGAAUCCCUUCAUUGUGUUUGCGACAGGUGAACUACUCGUCCAAGGGAGCAGGGUACUUAGUAGCGGCCACUCGGGCAAAAGCGGAAUCAGUCUGUGGAUACAGAUGCUCAGGGAAAUUAUCGGAGAUGGAGCGAUUGUGGUGUUCAUGUUGGGUAUAGCGUGCUGGUGGAAAGGAAGUAUAUAACACAGAGAUAUGAUUCCGGAGAUGUACCCGUAACAAUCAUGCACUGUGGCAGACAAAGCCGGCACAUUCCUAGUAGGAAGCCGGUAAGAUUUCGAUGAAGCCUUGCCUGUGACAAAUACGAGGAGAGAACAUCUGAGUGGGAAGUCAAUCAGACCACGGUGGUCCCCGGAUCCUGCACAUGGCUUGGAGGGAUUUGCGGGCUUCUAGACCCUGGUGAUGGGAUCCAAUCGCGGACCACUGGCAAGGAGCACCAGUUUGGGGGACGGAUGGCAAGGCCAAGGAAGUUGGUUCUGGGUUCGCACUCGUGCUGUAGAGAUAUUCUUGGGUUGGGUGCAGGGAUUUGACGGUGGACACCCGGAGGCUGAAAUAUGGUCGCCUCAGGCUCGGAGGCUUGAUGCAAGCGGAGUGCUUGCCGUCGCCCGAAAAGAAAUCCUUGCAGGGCCGCCAGGACGAUCUCUCGAGGGGAUCACCUACUACGUACCCACGUACUCGUACCUGACUGUAGUGCUGUAAAGGAAAAAUGUAUUGUGUAGCGACUUCAAUUCGACCUGGUGAAGGACCGACAUCUCAAGGUCUGAGGAGCAUUGCCGUUGCUACUCGUG